AUGCACGACCUGCCCCCUGACUCGGGCGCGCGGCGGGGCGACAGGGGUUGGGCGGAUCGCGGCUGCCUUGUGGGAGCCCGGGCUCUGGGCCAGCUACCUUCCCCCUGCGGCGCUGCGGUCCGCCGAGCCUGCCCCCAAGACUGGCAGCGGGGAGGCGGUGGCCGCCCUCGGCAGCAGGUGUCCCCGCCCCGGUCGCCUCCAAGGGAGUCGGGGGGAGGCCGCCUGCGGACUCCUCGGAUGCGGCUGUCCUGCAGCAGAAGCCUCGAGAGCCUCCGGGUGGGUGCCAAGCCUCCUCCCUUCCAGCGGUGGCCGAGCGACAGCUGGAUCAGGUGCGGCGCGCGCGGAGACUUGGGCGAGCCCCCGCCACGUGGAGGCGGGAUGGACGGCUGGAGCGGAGGCAGCGCCCCGGCCACCGCGCCCUCCGGCCUCCUGACUCCCGGCUCCAAGGACCCCGGCCGCUCCUCGGGAAGCCCUUUCGGGGAUCCUGCGGGGUCCGCUGUGCUACGCAGCGGCAAAGGAGACGGCCAGGAGGGGCUCCCCUUCCUCAAGCCUCCCGCGGUGACAGUCAAGAAGCUGCAAAAGUGGAUGUACAAAGGACGUCUGCUCUCCUUAGGAAUGAAGGGUCGCUCCCGGGGGACAGCCCCCAAAGUCACGGGAGCGCAGGCAACCUCUCCAAAUCUGGGCCCUUUGAAAAUGCGUGAGAGCCAAGUCCUCUCCGUGCCUCCAGAUCAAAGAAUUACUCUAACAGAUUUAUUUGAAAAUGUCUAUGGGUCUUCAGUGAAGGGAAGAGAACUUGAAGAUCUGAAGGAUGAUAUUGGAUUCAGAGGUCAUAAGCCACUUAAUAGCAUCACUGUGUCAAAGAAACGCAAUUGGCUAUAUCAGAGUACUCUGCGAUCUUUUAAUUUGGAAGAGGAAAAUAAGAAAUGCCAAGACAUAAGUCACUUAUCCAUCUCACCCAAACAUCAGCUAUCACGGCCUUUCUUCAAGUCAUCUGAGGAAUACUGUACAUAUAUGGUGUGUGAUGCUACAAAUUCUUCAUUAUCAAGAAACUGUUCUUUAGACUUCAAUGAGGAAAAUGAUGCAGAUGAUGAAGGAGAAAUAUGGUACAACCCCAUUCCUGAGGAUGAUGACUUUGGUUUAUCAAAUGCCUUGAGUUUUGGUGAGGCAGACCCUCCUGUUCUGAAGUUUCCUGCUGUUAGUUUGAGAGUAUUGUCUGGUAGUGACCUAAUGAAAACAGAGCAGUACACUGAAGACUUGCUGUGCUCUUCAGAACUCAGAACCACACAGUCCAAUGAAAUGAAUCCUGUAGAGUCCAUCCAUUCCCCAGAGCUCGUGCAGCAGUUCAAGCAAAGGCUUGGACACAAGAUACAAGAAGGUAUCAUGGUAGAGGAGAGUCUCAUGUUGAAAUCUCCUUUUGCAGGUCCUGGGAUCCUAGCUGCUACAAAUAAGACUGAAUUGGGAGUGCCAGAACCAUCUUCUCCAAGCCCUAGCCCUGUGAAAAAAAGUAGCUCAAUUAACUGGUCUUUCCCAGAUAAAAUAAAAUCUCCACGAACUGUGAGGAAACUCUCCAUGAAAAUGAAAAGGUUGCCAGAACUUAGCCGAAAGCUGAGCGUCAAAGGAACUUUGGAUCAUAUGAACAGUCCAGAUAAUACUCCUUCCUUGUCUAAAUGUAACUGUCAAGAAAUGCAUCAUGCUGAUAUUCUGCCUUCUGGGAACACAACCACAGCUGCUAAGAGGAAUGUUAUAAGUCGGUACCAUCUGGAUACCAGUGUAUCUUCUCAGCACAACUACCAGAAGAAGACGUUUAUGAGUUCUAAGUAUUCGUGCAAAGGUGGUUACCUCAGUGAUGGAGAUUCACCUGAACUUAUAACUAAAUCUAGCAAACAUGGAUCUGAAAACAAAUUUGGAAAGGGAAAAGAAAUAAUUCCAAAUAGUUGUAACAAGAGUGAAAUAGACAUUGAUGCUUUUAGACAUUACAGUUUUUCUGAUCAACCUAAAUGUUCACAGUACAUAUCUGGGCUCAUGAGUGUGCAUUUCUAUGGUGCUGAGGAUUUAAAACCACCCCGGAUAGAUUCAAAAGAUGUCUUCUGUGCGAUUCAGGUAGAUUCAGUAAACAAAGCAAGAACAGCUUUGCUCACAUGUCGGACAACAUUUUUAGACAUGGAUCAUACUUUCAACAUAGAAAUUGAAAAUGCACAGCAUUUGAAAUUAGUAGUGUUCAGUUGGGAACCGACUCCAAGAAAAAAUCGAGUGUGUUGUCACGGGACUGUUGUUCUUCCCACUUUAUUCAGAGUGACAAAGACACAUCAGUUAGCUGUCAAACUUGAGCCUAGAGGUCUUAUUUAUGUGAAAGUGACUCUUCUGGAACAGUGGGAGAAUUCUCUUCGUGGACUGGAUAUAAACCGAGAACCCGUAAUAUUUGGUGUUGAUAUUCGAAAAGUUGUAGAGAAAGAAAAUAUAGGACUGAUGGUGCCACUCCUGAUACAAAAAUGUAUUAUGGAAAUUGAAAAGAGAGGCUGUCAGGUGGUAGGCCUGUACCGAUUAUGUGGUUCGGCAGCAGUCAAGAAAGAACUUCGAGAGGCUUUUGAGAGAGAUAGCAAAGCUGUUGGUCUGUGUGAAAACCAGUACCCAGAUAUAAAUGUAAUAACAGGUGUUCUUAAGGACUAUCUAAGAGAACUUCCUUCUCCCCUGAUAACAAAGCAGCUUUAUGAGGCUGUAUUAGACGCAAUGGCAAAAAAUCCUUUGAAAAUGUCAUCAAGAGGAUGUGAGAAUGACCCAAGUGACUCUAAGGACACUGUUGACCUGCUUGAUUGUCUUCCUGGUGUUGAGAAGGCAACCCUAAAGAUGUUGCUGGAUCAUUUGAAAUUGGUGGCUUCUUAUCAUGAAGUGAAUAAGAUGACUUGCCAGAAUUUGGCCGUGUGCUUUGGACCAGUAUUAUUAAGUCAGAGGCAAGAGACUUCCACCCAUAACAACAGAGUCUUUACUGAUUCAGAGGAACUUGCAAGUGCUUUGGAUUUUAAAAAACAUAUUGAAGUUCUUCAUUACUUACUUCAACUCUGGCCAGUGCAACGUUUAACUGUCAAAGAAUCAACAGACAACUUGUUUCCAGAGCAGAAUUCUUCUCUAAAUUAUUUGAGGAGGAAGAAAGAACGACCUUGCAUGUUAAAUUUGAGUGGUACUGAUUCAUCAAGAAUACUUAGACCAAGGCAAACCAGAUUAGACAGCCCAGUUAGCAAUCGUUAUGCAGGAGACUGGAGCAGUUGUGGAGAAAACUACUUUUUAAAGACAAAAGAAAAUUUUAAUGAUGUAGAUUAUGAUGAUGUCCCCUCAGAAGAUAGAGAAAAUGGAGAAAAUUGUAGCAAAAUGUAUGGACCAGAUAUAAUGAUUGAACAGCCAGUACCCAUGUCCAAAGACUACACAUUUCAGACAUACUUGACAAUGCAGACAAUUGAGUCUACAGUGGAUCGAAAAGUCAAUCUUAAAGACCUACAGGAAAGCAUUGAUACUUUGAUUGGAAAUCUGGAGCGUGAACUCAACAAAAACAAGCUUAAUAUGAGUGUUUGAGAUUGAGAGUUUUAAUUUGCUUUUUUGUAAUGUUUUAAAUUUCAAAUCAGUCUUUCUCACUUUCUUAUACCGCUCACAGUGAUGGUUUUAUUUUUUUACUCUUGAAAAUUCCAUUAAUUUCUAGUAAGUUCAUGUGAUUCAAUUAAAAACACUAUUCAUUAAGUUUUUACUUAUCUUCAUUAAAAAAUUUUUCUUGGGGCAAAGAUAACUUGGACUUGUGGAUCUUUUAACAAGUAUGGCCCAUUCUAUGGAGAUAACUUUUAAAUGCACUUAUAAGGUUCAGAUAAGUUAUUAGCCCCUCAUGGUUUUUGUACAUUACAGGUACUGCUCUUUUGGAGCUGGAACAGAUGUUUCUUACAGAGGAACGUGGCAGCUGCUCUGUCUGGUUUGCAGUGUGAGUCCACAUACUCCGCAACAUCAUUUGAUCAUAUUUCAUUUGCAAUGCAAAUGCUGCUAUAAAAAACCUUUUUAUAAAUAAAGUAAAAUUAUACAGAUAUUAAUGUAUUCUGUAUUAACAUUCAGUAAUUAUUUAAGCUUAUAAAAAUUAAAUAUUUUUAUAAUCCUGAAAAUGUGUCUAUUUAUAAGUGCAUAUAUGGAUAGAUAUUAGAAUGGGGGAGGCAUUGGCUGCAGAAUCACAUGUAUCUUUAAAGCAUAUAUGUUGUGAGGCCAAAAUUAUUAGCUUAAAAUGUCUUUUUCAGGGAAAGAACAUUUAAGUUAAAGAAGUUCCAUAGAAACACUUGAACCAAAACACUAGAAGUGUCUGAAGAGAAAUAAUAGACUUUCUUUUUUUUGAUUCACAGAAAGUCACAAUAUUCCUAGUGAGAAAUCAUCUUUUAAAUUGAAAUCCUCUAAUUUCUUAAGGGAUUAAGAGCCCAGAUUUCUGCACUAGUGAUUUACAUUAAAAAAAAAA